UGUUGUUGUAACUUUGAUUAUCUCCCUUUUAGAAUCUUCCACAAUGUCUGCCCUUGGAAGGAUUUUUUUAGCACCAAGGCCAAUUUACCAGGCUGCUGUUCGGCUGCAGCCAAGAUGUCUGUACAACACAGUGCAAGGAAAGGGAGACUUCAUUGAUGUCAGUUUGAAAGAGAAGGCCCCAACUGAUCGUACUCUGCGUGAAACAGCUGAUGUCUAUGGAGUUGGCUUUUUUAUUGCAGAACUAUUUAAAGGAUUCAGUAUCGCCAACAGCAUGGUGCUCCGGGAGCAAGCAACCAUCAACUACCCAUUCGAGAAGGGUCCCCUCAGCCCCCGUUUCCGUGGUGAACACGCACUCAGACGCUACCCCUCCGGUGAAGAAAGGUGUAUUGCUUGCAAGCUGUGUGAAGCAGUGUGUCCUGCACAGGCCAUCACCAUCGAGGCAGAAACUCGUGCCGACGGCAGCAGGCGGACUACACGGUAUGACAUUGACAUGACAAAGUGUAUCUACUGUGGCUUCUGUCAGGAGGCCUGCCCUGUGGACGCCAUUGUUGAGGGUCCUAAUUUCGAGUUCUCAACUGAGACUCACGAAGAGUUGCUGUACAACAAAGAGAAGUUGCUAAGCAAUGGUGAUCAGUGGGAAGCAGCCAUAGCAAAUAACCUGGAGGCCGACUAUCUCUACCGAUAGACUGUUAUCAUACUAAAGCGCUUAAUGGAUUUUUAUUGACACUGUUUUGACAUUAAUAUGUUCUGUGCUUGUUGCGAAAGAUGAAGUGCAAGUUAUUUCCUAACAUACAUAACAUAGAUUUUAGGCAUUUGGCUAAAAUUGAAUUGGUGGUUCUUUUGUUUUACCAGCGUAGUAUCAGAUUUUCUUGGAAUGAUUUAACUUAUAUUAUGGUUAUGCAGAUUUGUUAAAUGUAAAAAUUGUUUGAAAUAAACUAUGAAAUAUUA